CUGAAUACUGAAAAAAUUCCACAGCCUGGCUUACAAGGGAUCAACCUGGGAAGGUUUCUAAUCAAACGUGUGAUCACACUUGUGAAAAGAGAAAUGACAAAUAUUUCUACAUUUGCGACUCUCAGCCCCAUCCCAGGGUACAUGCAGUGGCUCCUAUCUAAGCUGGCUUCUCAAUCAAAACUUUCUGAAGGUGAAGACAUACAACAUUCACCAGCUGAUACAUCUGGUUCUACGUUUUGGGAGAACAUACUUGAACCAGAAGAGGAAAGAGCACUGAUGGAUGCCUCUGUGGAAUUCACUUCUGGGAAAAACAGCAUGGAAGUGUUGUUCAAUUUAUUGACUUCGCCAAACCAUGAGUGGACAAGUUCUGAUAAAUUGCUUUCAGCAUUAAAACCCCCUCUAAUGCGACUGUGUGCCAGGUACCUUCUGCAAGAGAAAAAGAGAGGAAAGGCUCUGGAUUCUGUUGCAAAUUUUCACUUACAAAAUGGAGCUAUGGUUGAAAGAAUAAAUUGGAUGGCAGAUCGGUCAGAGAAAGGCCUUUAUCAAAGUGGAGGUAUUAUGGUGAACUAUGUUUACAGAUUGGGGAAAAUUGAAGACUAUGCUCGGUCAUAUUUCAGUGCAGGGCAUAUCCAUACUUCUAGCGAUCUAAGCCGUUAUGUUAAGCCAUUGGAGGAACCUCAAGUGACAACAUUAUAGGCGGGUUGCAAUUCAAUGUAUGUAUCUCCUUACUGGUAAUUUGGUGGUUCUCUGUAAUGGAAAACCAUUGUUUAUAAAUUUGUGUACAGAGAUUGUUAUAAAGCAGUUCAAAUGUUUGCCGUCACCGUUCGAUUCUUGUCACGGAGAUCGUGCCAUAAUAUAGAUUGUAAUUCAAGAUUGUAGGCAGGCAGUUAUAUAUAAUGAAAUAAGUAAGGGAUUACAUCUGGUUU